AAUGCAGGCCCAACAAUGCUGCAACAAGUACCAGCUGCAACUGUACCACAAGCUGCUGAUACUGCAGCUGACAUAUUUCACCCACCAUCCAUGCCAUCACCUGAGGUAGGCAGGGCCCCAGUCUCAGCUGAAACUGGUUCUACUGCUGGAGCUGCAGUGGAUGGCGCAUCCUAUGUGAAGUUCUCUGAGGCUGGUGUUCAAGCCACCACUUCGACGGCUGAAGCUUCAGUGAACACCACGUCAUUGCUAAAGGACGCUGAAACCCAAACAGAUAUCACAAGCAGUGCAUUAAACAGCUUCGAAGGCGACAACCAGGCCCUACGUGCAGAGCUAAACGAAGUGAAGGGCUCUUUGCGUAGACUUCAGUUGUCUAAAGCUUCAUUGGAGCAAGACGACAACCGUGUAAAAUUUUACACUGGCCUACCAAGCUACACAGUUUUGAUAGCGCUGUUCGCGCUUCUCGAGAGUGGUGUGUCGCACAGCGCAAACAAUGUGCUUACUAAGUUCGAAGAGCUUGUGCUCACACUUGUGAGGCUGCGACUAGGAGUGCCCUUGCAGGACCUGGCGUAUAGAUUUGAGGUAAGUGGACUGGUGGAAUUUGUAUUGUUGCGAGCACUUAUUUACAGUUGGCAUCACGUAUAUGUUAUAAUACUCUCGUGGGCUAACAUUUGGUGGCAAGAUGGCCCUGUUUGCUUUAUAAUAGUGACUGGCUUUAUCUUUCAGGUCAGCCAAGCCACAGCAACACGAGUAGUCAACCGGUGGAUCGCGGCCAUGCAUGUACGACUAAAACAGCUGGUGGACUGGCCCAGUCGUGAACAAUUGCAGCAGACCAUGCCAAUGGCCUUCAGAAAAGCAUUUGGCACGAGUGUGGCAGUCAUUAUAGACUGCUUCGAGAUAUUCAUUGAGCGCCCUUCGUCAAUGCUCCCUAGGUCACAGACGUGGUCGCGGUAUAAGCACCACAACACGGCAAAAUAUCUGAUAGGAAUAGCACCUCAGGGAGCAAUCACUUUCAUUUCCAAAGGGUGGGGAGGCAGGACAAGCGACAAGCUUAUAACAGAGUCGAGUGGAAUGUUGAACCACCUUCUCCCAGGUGACACGGUGCUCGCCGACAGAGGAUUCACGAUUGGUGAUGCCGUAGGCAUUCAUCGUGCACGCCUUGAGGUUCCUGCAUUCACAAGGGGCAAACCUCAGCUAUCAGCCUGGGAGGUUGAAAAAACAAGGAAAAUUGCGAAUGUGCGCAUCCACGUGGAACGAACGUGUGAUAGGUUUGCUGAGGCGAAAGUACAAAAUUCUUUCAAGCACCAUCCCUAUUGAUCUGCUAGCAGUGCGAAGCGAGGACACUCUAACACAACUUGACAAAAUUGUUGCGGUGUGUGCUGCGCUGACAAAUCUGAGCAAAUCGGCUGUGCCUGUUGACUGAUCUGGAUGCGCCAAAUCUAAAUUUUACUUAAAGGGGUUGAGACACCAAAUUUUGAGGGUAUAAAAGGCCUGCUGCAGGCUUCCUCUGUAUGAAAGGACACUCAACAUGAAGUGUUCGACACAGCAAACGUGUUAAAUAUAUUUUAAUUCGCUUCCAAAGAGUGCCUAAAUGCUCGUUCUCGCGAUCGAGACCCAUCGCUAGCGCGAUUAACACCGACGUCACUGUGUUGGAAGCGUAACAUGUUUUAGUGACGUCAUACCACAUUAGAGCGACGUACGAUGAGCGGUGACCCACAGCACGGGGCAAGCCUCGAGUCUAGAGUGCAGUAUAAGCUGCAUCGGACGAAGACGCAGUCGGAAUCGGAGCUGCCGCAGCUAGCGAUGGAAACUGUCGGCGUGGGUUUGUUUGCUUGCGCUGGUACAAAACGUGUGUGCGAGAGCAGACGAUGCAGCAGUGCGUGCGUCACAGCCUUGUGGGCCCACGUGACCAAGCUUCCUAGCCAGUGACGUCACUGUCGAACUCGGCGCCGAGAAACCGAAAUUGGUGCACAUAAAUAAUGCGAUAUUAAAUUAUUUACCGAGAAUAUAUGAUCCUUCCAGCGUGUAUCAUGCUUUAUGGAGCAAUAAGAAACGUUUGAAACAAACAACGGGCAAGCCACAAAUUUGAUGUCUCAACCCCUUUAAAUGAAGGGGCCCUGCCACACCUAAGGAUCUGCCAUGUACUGCAACGGAAACAACUGCUGGUGUAAUGAAGCAGAGGCCGCCCCUGUGUAUGUGCCAACUGAAGAGGAAGACGAAGUAUCGUGCCGUGAUCGCGAGUGAGCCCCGUGCUACGAAAAGCCCUUGCAGUGCCUACCUUUACGUAACGUUAUUGCAACGUUAUCGGCAACAAUAAACCUCGUCGCACUGGAAAUAAAGUUAAUCUUUCCACCUAAA